GGGCAGUCAAGAUAAAGCAGAAGCAGACAGAGAUCUAGCAGGUGCUGCACGAUGAGUGUCUCUGUGCUGAGCCCCAUGCAACUCCUGGGCAGCAUCUCUGGGCUCCUCCAAGUGGCCUCCCUGCUCGUCCUGCUUCUGCUGCUGCUCAAGGCAGCCCAACUCUACCUGCACAGGCAGUGCCUGCUCAAAGAUCUUCAGCAGUUCCCCUCUGCUCCCGUCCACUGGUUCUUCGGGCACAGCUGGGAGUUCCAAAAGGACCAGGAGCUACAACAGAUUCUGAAAUGGGUAGAGAGAUACCCGAGUGCCUAUCCUCAGUGGUUAUGGGGGAGCAAAGUUCGUGUCCUACUCUAUGAUCCUGACUACAUGAAGGUGAUUCUGGGGAGAUCAGACCCAAAGGCUCAUGGUAGCUACAGAUUGCUGGCUCCGUGGCUGGGGUACGGUUUGCUCCUGUUGAAUGGGCAGACGUGGUUUAAGCGUCGGCGGAUGCUGACCCCAGCCUUCCACUAUGACAUCCUCAAAUCCUACGUGGGGAUCAUGGCAGACUCUGUUCGGCUGAUGCUGGACAAAUGGGAAGAGCUCAUUGGCCAGGACUCUCCAGUGGAGGUCUUUCAGCACCUCUCCUUGAUGACCCUGGACACAAUCAUGAAGUGUGCCUUCAGCCACCAGGGCAACGUCCAGGCGGACAGGAACUCUCAGUCCUACAUCCAGGCCAUCAGGGACCUGACCAACCUAAUGUUUUCCCGUGUGAGAACUGCCUUUUACCAGAAUGACACCAUCUACAGCCUGACCCCUGAGGGCCGCUGGACCCAACAUGCCUGCCAGAUCACCCAUCAACACACAGACCAAGUGAUCCAGCAGAGGAAGGCUCGCCUGCAAGAGGAGGGUGAGUUGGAGAAGAUCAAGAAAAAGAGACACCUGGAUUUCCUGGACAUCCUCCUCUUGGCCAAAAUGGAGAAUGGGAGCAGAUUGUCAGACAAGGACCUCCGUGCUGAGGUGGACACGUUCGUGUUUGAGGGCCACGACACCACAGCCAGCGGCAUCUCCUGGAUCCUCUAUACUCUUGCCGUGAACCCCAAGCAUCAGCAGAGGUGCCGGGAGGAGGUCCAGAGCCUCUUGGGGGAUGAAGCCUCCAUCACCUGGAAGCACCUGGACCAGAUGCCCUACACCACCAUGUGCAUCAAGGAGGCAUUGAGAAUCUAUCCACCAAUACCAGCUGUUAGCAGGGAACCGAGCAAACCUGUCACCUUCCCUGAUGGACGCUCCUUGCCCAAAGGUAUCAUAGUCACGCUUUCCAUUUAUGGCCUUCAUCACAACCCAAAGGUGUGGCCAAACCCAGAGGUGUUUGACCCUUCCCACUUUGCACCGGGUUCUGACCGGCACAGCCAUGCAUUCCUGCCCUUCUCAGGAGGAUCAAGGAACUGCAUCGGGAAACAAUUUGCCAUGAACGAGCUGAAGGUGGCCGUGGCCCUGACCCUGCUCCGCUUUGAGCUGCUCCCUGAUCCCACCAGGGUCCCCACCCCCAUACUUCGAAUUGUGUUGAUGUCCAACAGUGGAAUCCACCUGCAUCUCAGGAAGCUCUCCAUCCCUGGUGGGGACAAGAACAGGUUCUGAGGGCCUUCACCUGCCAUCCCACAUUCCUUCACCGUACUCCUGUCCACCACCUGUCUGCCCACAUCAUGUUUUCCAUCUGCCUACCUGCCCUUCUUCCAACUGGCCUCCUGUCCUCCAGUCUGUCUGGCCUUUUCUCUGUCCCCUUCUCCAGCAUCCCUACCUGUUUCUCUACCUUCCUCCUACCCACCUGCAUC